CACGGCAACUGCCAGUCAGGGGAGCCAGGCAUUGUGAGGAGAGCAGAUUAUGAAGCGGAGCUCAACCAGCGGCAGUCUCCUCUUAUUGUCUCAAUGGCUGCACACGCAUUCCUUCUGUGCUCCCUCGCCUUGCUGUCUUUGCUUAGCCAGCCUGGACGCUCCUUCCAGGAGGAGGAGUGGAUGCCAGGACUCACCUAUGAUGAAGUGCCUGAAAUCCUGGACAGAAGCAAAGAGAAUCCCAAACAAGCCACAAGAGUCACAUCAAGUCAAGAUGGUGGCUACGGUUUACAGAGUGAAGAGGUUAUUUUGGCGGCUGAAGAUGAAAACCCACUCAGGAGAAUACUGCAGCCUUUCAACUGGCAUCAACCAGGGAUGUCCACCAGCAAGAGGAAGCUGCUCCAGUCCCUGAUGGGCCCCUACGGCCCUCUAAGUGUCUCUUACAACGGGAAGACUUGCAUCCUCUUCAAGGCAAAGCGUUUGGCAAUCCGCUACAGGAACCACACUUUCAUUGACCUGACUGAGAGAGUUUUCAACCCCAACUCACCGGUGGACACAAAGGGCUCCAUCUGCACCAAGGAGAAAGCUACGCUUUCCUUAAAGUUUGGAGAUGUGGAGGACUUGCGAGGCUUAGUAAUAAGGCUUCAGAUGUCCAACACGUUUUACGAAGCAGCGGGUCAGAACUGGUUUACCCUGGAUAGCGUCCACAUCCAUUACAACUGGACCCAGGAGGCCACGUUUAACGCCAGUGAGGUCUACGCUCCCGCGACCUCUUCCUACCACUGUCAGCAUGUCAGCAGCCUGCACAAGUAUGACACGCUGCUGGUGCCGAGCUCACACACAGACACGUCAGCUAACUGGCACAUCACCUUCACCGACUUCCAGAUCCAAGCCUUCAACGUCCAGUCAGACAAGUUUGCUUCGGCGAGCGACUGCGCCACUUUCCUGACACCAGCAAUUCUGAUGGGUCUCGUCACGUCGUUGAUUUUGCUUUUAGUUUUAGCCUACGCCCUGCACAUGGUGGUACAUCUCAAGCAUAUCGACCGCUACGAAGAGCACAAAGCCACCGUCUACUUUCCUCGAAGUCCAGAGGCCGAGUUGCCAGACAAGAACAGCCUGUGAAGGAGAGGAGAAUAUCUGGAGGAGGACAGCAGGAGCUAAAAAAGUGUCAGGAAGUGUAUCCUCCACAAAAUGUAAUGACAACAAUUUGCCUGUUUCUGAGAAAAGUCCAACUACUUCAAAACGCGGACUGUGGUCGGAUUUCAUCUUCCUCAUUGACUUGCAUCCUGGCGUCCAUAUUCUCUCCCAGAGAGACAAUGUCAAAGGCCAAAGACAAUCCUUGAAGGGCAGCAGUGAAACGCCGGCCUUUGCCCUGACCAGCCAUUACGUCCACAACAGGCUUGCAACUGUAGCUCACAGCUUCAAUCAGAUGCUCCUGAUUAAAUGUAUGUACGACAUUGUUCAUAUUACAAGCUUCAUUGUCUUUCCAGCUUUUAUUACAGUGAACUUUGUCUAGUACUGUUGCAAGAAAAAUACUUCAAAACGCCAGUUUAAUUGCUGAAAUAGUCGUAUUAGAUGCAUGCCCUGAAAAGGCUGGUCUCUCUGGGCUAGUACAGUGUUUAAUCUGGAUUACACAUAAAAAGUCUUGCAUGAGCUAAAGUAAUCAAACAUGUCACAAAGUGAAAGAAGCUUGAAAAGCUUCUGCCAAAAAUCUGUGGAUUGGCUUCUGGCUGGAGAGAACGAACCAGCAAUAGCGGCCCUUGUACGUCUCUUCUCACCCAGCCCCUGAACAGGACUGCUGCUCGGACUCUGUGAGCUGGGUUUUUACAGACCAGCCAGACGAUGGUGGAUUAACGGACGAGCACAACAUUAGUCCGCUGUGAAAAAGCACUAAUGACUGACUUUUAAAGACUAAACUAUGCUGCACACGAUUGCCCCUCACAGGGCAAGGCUGAACUUUGGAAUUCAAAACGACUGGACUCUCUGAGGGUCAGGCGUCUGGACAAAGGAGGCCACAGGGUCUCACAAUAUUGACUGCCAAAGUGAAGCUACGGAGGAGAUGCCAUAAAUUGUGGUGCCGGAGAGAGUGAGAAAAUGAAAGCUACAGCUAUGUACAAAGCAAAAACAUACAUGUACAGACAUGUCACUCCGCAGGUCUUCUGUUUUUUUUUUUUUUAUACGAUGUAACCAUCAAUAAUAUUAGCUACAGACGACUAUGCUAAUCCUCAUAACCAAAACGAUAUACAAUAGGUACAUUUAGAUCUCUAUACGAUCAUAGGUGUUUACUAUCUUUCAAUAUCGCACAACUAAUAAACCUAGGUACAAGCUAGACAACGUGCUAUGAGGAUUGGUAUACGUAAUAAUGAAUUUUAUUUAUUUAUUUUUAUUUAUUUUUUACUUCAGCGUCUGAACAUACAACACUGUCUAUUUGUUGGCCAAACAGUUCCAUAAAAUCUGACAAAUUCUAACCACACAAAAGACGAUAUGGAAUGCUGUCUAGUCACCCCGAUUACUAGAUGCCAUCAUUAUGCCAUACUAGUGAUGGAAAUCAUUACUACUGAUUUAAAAAAGACUCAGCAUGACAGUAAGUAGAUAUCUAAACAUUCGGUAUGGCAGUUCUGUCAAUCUGUAGCAGUGUGAAAUGUGUUCUUUGGUCAUAAAUAUAUCCUGCAAACUAUGAAACAAGUGGAUGCGGUUUGUCCAAGGACCAACUGAUGUAGAUAAAAAAUAAAUGAAAUUUGGAGGAAAAAAACGUUUUGAUUU